AUGUCGGAGCAAAUUGACGUUCUUCUAUACGGCCUAGGAGCCAUUGGCUCCUUCUACGCGUUCAUUCUGUCUCGCUCCGAAAAUGUGCGACUGACGGUUGUUGCUCGAUCUAACUAUGAUGCUGUUUCCACAAAAGGGAUUACGAUUCAAAGUGAAAAUCACGGAGAUCAUACAUUUCGCCCGUAUAAAGUUGUCAAAAUCCCCGCGGAAGCACCACCAGCAGACUAUAUUGUGUGCGCCCAUAAAGCAAUCGACCAGGACAAAGCAGCGGCCGAAUUAAGUCCAGUUGUGCAGCCGGGUCGGACCACUAUUGUUAUCAUCCAGAAUGGAGUGGGUAAUGAAGAAACAUAUCUGAGACAAUAUCCCGAAAACUCAAUUAUCUCAUGUGUGACCUGGGUCGGUGCCAGUCAGCCCACUCCCGGACUAAUCAAGCACACCAAAUCCGAAGAUGCGCAAAUCGGCCUUUUCUUCAACCCUAAAGUGAACGCCGGCACCGAGCAAGAACGCCUCAAGAGAUUUGCCGACCUCCUUGAGUACGGCAAGACCCGAUUCCAAGUUUUGGAGGAUAUACAGCGACAAAGAUGGGAAAAGGUUGUAUGGAACGUUGCCUGGAACUCUAUCACUGCUCUUACACUGAUCGACACCCAAACUUGGCUGCACUCUUCAGAGAACGCCGAGCCCUUCACUCGUCAGUUAAUGAGGGAGGUUAUUCAAAUUGCUCGUGGCUGUGGGGUCAUGUUGAAUGAUAGCCUGGUGGAUGAGCUUAUGGACAAAAUCAACGCUAUGCCUGGCAUUGGAAGUAGCAUGCAAACUGAUUGCAAGAACGGACGUCCUAUGGAGAUUGAUGUUAUUCUUGGUUUCCCUGUGCAAAAAUCACGGGAGCUAGGUAUCUCGGCUCCAUAUCUUGAAACACUUCAUGUACUUUUACGCGCGGUGGAUGGCCGAAUCCGAGCAGCCUUGUAG